UUGUAAUUGUAUCACAUGACAGGAUGUGUAAAUACGGCCAUAUGGAAAGUGAUGAGAUAUGGAUAAUGCUCUGCACUCCUUGCCAUGUACGGACGAGCACUAAAUUUAAAAACCAUUGUAUAAUUGCCUUGAAGGUAUCUAGGUAGCGGGUGUAAUGCAUUAUAUUCUACUGUGGGAAAUUCGGGGGGGGCUUUGAAGGGUAUUGAACUUCAGCUAUGGCUCUUAUACAUUGCUGGGUUUGGGUUUACUUAGCGGCAGUGGGGAUUUUGUUUGCACGGGCAGAUGAGAAAGUGGGCAUAUGGCCCAUGCCUGCACAUGUUCAAUAUGGCAGUCACACAGUGGGUGUCUCAAAGCGCUUUGCCCUUUCUAUUAUAGGGAAUAAUCCGCCCUCUCAUUCCAAAUCCUCUGCAAUUUUGCUCAAGGGAUUCAACAGACUGCUUCAUAACAUUAAUCUUUAUCGUGUCCAGGAGGACAAUACAGAUCAUCUUUUGCUUGGCCUUCGACUUACCAUUGACUCAUGGGAUGACCAGUUACAAUUUGGUACAGAUGAAAGCUAUACUCUGAAGGUGCCAGACCCUGACUAUCCUAAGUAUGCAUGCCUCAAGGGUAAUACUAUCUAUGGGGCUCUUCAUGGACUUGAGACGCUAAGCCAGCUAUGUCUGUUCGAUUCCAAAACAAAAAAUGUAAUGGUCUCGAUGGCUCCUUGGAUCAUUAUUGAUCAACCCAGAUUUUCCUAUAGGGGCCUUUUAAUUGAUACAUCACGGCAUUUUCAACCCCUAGAGAUAAUCAAGAAAGUGAUUGAUGCUAUGGCUUACUCAAAGUUGAAUGUUCUACAUUGGCAUAUUGUAGAUACACAAUCAUUUCCUUUAGAGAUUCCAUCUCUUCCAAAUUUAUGGAAUGGUGCUUAUAGCCCUUCAGAGCGGUACACAAUGAAGGAUGCAAGGGAAAUAGUUGGAUAUGCUCAGAUGAGAGGGAUCAACGUAUUAGCAGAAAUUGAUGUGCCUGGACAUGCUGCUUCUUGGGGCAUUGGAUAUCCACAAUUGUGGCCUUCUUCUCAUUGUCAACAACCACUUGAUGUGAGUAAUGAAUUUACAUUCAAGGUUAUUGACAGUAUUCUAUCAGAUUUCUCCAAAGUUUUCAAAUUCAAGUUUGUACAUUUGGGUGGAGAUGAAGUUGAUACAAGUUGCUGGAGUCAAACUCGACAUAUAGGAAACUGGUGAGUUCUCACAGUCCGAAUU